AAAAGGGGAGAGAGGGAAUGACAUGCAGCAAAGGGCCGCAGCUCGGAACCGAACCCACGGCCGCUGGGUCGAAGACUGAGACUCUGUAUAUGGGCACAUGCUCUACCAGGACACACUGCUCUUGAUGAAGCAUGUGACUGGAUUGGGGUGCAAGGUUACAUGCUGCUAGAGUUUCAUGAAAGUGGAAACCCUCUCUGUCAGCUAGUAUUGUUGAACUGACUGCAGCAGAAGGUCCUCUGGUCACAGACAGCCAAUACACAGAGAAAAAACAAGGCUGUUAAGGCAGGUGUCAUGCAGUGCUCUCCGUGCAAGCUGCGUACCCACCAGUGGUGUUUCCUCCUCUUCAACGUCCUCCUCUUCCAUGCCCUGUUGUUUGGGGCAGACUUUGUCGAGGAGUACCUCCUGCAGCCCACACCUGGGGUCUACACUGAUGGCUUGGUUGUUGAUGUAAGAGAGAAAGCAAGGAAACUAGACCUGAGCAACGUCAGGGAGAAUGUGUCCCUGGCCUACCCCAUCACAAAUCCUGAUGCCUGCAGAAACUCUGACCUCUUCCUCCUUACUCUCGUCUUCAGCUCCACAGCUAAUAUCACCCAAAGAGAUGCAGUCAGGAGGACAUGGGCUAACCAAACGCUCAUCCAAGGCUUCCCAAUGCGGAUACUGUUCUUCUUAGGAUCAACAGAGACUUCCGCUGCACAAAAGGCCCUCAUGAUAGAGUCUGACCUCCAUGGGGACAUGGUCCAGGUUCAUGCUGUGUCUGACUCGUCCCUCCGUGGCCCAACAGAAAGGACAGUGCUGGCACUGCGCUGGGUGAUUGCCUUCUGUCCCGUGGCACGCUUUGUUCUGCUGACUAAGGACUCUGUGUUUAUCAACCUUCCUGCAAUCGGAGGCUACCUACUCGGGCUGCACAGGCACUCUGAGGACCUUUAUUUAGGUAGGGUGAUCCAGAGAGACUCCCCUGACAGGGACCCCAACAGUCCUGGUUUCCUACCCCCAGCGCUCUACCCUGACAAGUACCUGCCUGAAUACUGUGAAGGGACAGCUUAUGUUAUAUCCCAGGAUGUGGUCCGAAAAGUGUAUGUUGCCUCUGCAGAAGUUCGUGCACCUGUGCCAGCUGAUGUUUUUGUGGGCCUUUGUGCUCAGAAGGCUGGUGUGGUACCAACCCACAGUAGCAGGUUCUCAGGAGAGAAACAUAUCCGCUACAACGCCUGCUGUUACCGCUAUCAAUUCAGCUCAGCUGGAAUGGAAAGCCAUGAACUAGAUAUAGUGUGGGCAGACCUGGGACAGAAGGGUGAACAAUGCUCCCUGUUAAAGACCUACUAUGGCCUGGUGACCUGCAAAGCCCUGACGUACCUGGAUAAACUGUCCUUCUAGCAACUCCAAGGGCCAAGCUGAAUCGCACGGUAAUUUAGAGUAUGUGUGAUUAGUUAAUGCCUGUGCUUGGGGAAAGGGAGACUGACAGGAAGUGGGGGUUAAAAGAAAACAGUGUGUUGUCCUUGUGUAGCCUACCUGUGUGCCAGUGUUUGCAUUUUUCCUGUCAGUAUUGUUGAUAGAUAAAUAUGUGUUAAAUUCUUCAUACGAUGGCUAAGAUCGCUAAAAUGAGUAAAUGAUCAACCAGGAACACUGUAAUAUAUUCCAUAUUGCCAGAUUUAUGU